AUGUCUGAGAUUCUUCGGCAGCGUCUCGAGCGCUUUAUGCGGAGGCACAAUCCGGAGAAGCUUGGCAUGAUUGACGCCAUUCUGCAGGCCUACAGUGGACGGGAGGAGCAGAUGUUUGAGGCGCUUGUGAAGAAGUAUGGCCCGGAGCCUCCAUGGGAGGAGUUGUGUGUUGGAAAACAACAAAAGUUCCAGCGGCUUGGAAUUGAGGGGGCAGGGAUUUUCUGCUCCGAAAGCCCACCAACAAAAAAAGUUAUUGAAAGGAUCUUGUGCGUGGCUGAGGCUUCGUACGAAGACGUGCUUUUGGCAUUGUCACGUGAGAAGCCUGAGUUGUUUGUCGCAGAGAAUGGACCGCCACCAGUUGUUGUUACCUCGGCGAAUUCAGCAGAGUCUCAGGGAGAGCCUUCUUCCUCAUUGUUGCAAACCACUUUAUUCAGGGCACGCUUGACACGGUUUUUUACGAUGUACGCUCCGGAGAAGCUGAGUGGUGUGGAUACGCUUAUUGAGGCUGCAGGGACGGAGGGUAGGACUAGGCUUAUCAACAGUCUUGUUGCUACAUAUGGGCCGGAGCCAACAGAGGUUGGCGAGAUAGUGGACAACCGAAGCAGUGGGGAGGAAAAACUGCCGAUAGGUUUUGAAGCUGGCCUGGGUGUCGAUAACAACAGCCUUGGCGAACGACAACGGCUCUCUAAUUGGCUCAUUUCCCAAGGGAAAGAUGCGGAGCAUAUGUGUUACAGCCUUAUCUCUGAGGAUCAGCUACUACCUUUUGUGCGGGUAACGUUUGGGGACUACGAGAACAGAGUGUGCCGCUUCUUUGUGCGAUACGAUCCAACACGUUUGCGGGAGGUGCCGCAGCUGCUUGCAGACUAUCUUGGACGUGAGGAGGAAAUUAUUGAACGGCUCACGCGAGAGUUGGGUCCUGAACCGGAGAGGUCAGCCCCAACGGUGUUAACACGCCUCGUCAGCCGCCGUCGUAUCGAAGCUGACCGAAGCCGCAUUGAUGAGGAGGCAUGGAGCGAUGACUGUGAGAAUAAUGAUGACGGUGAUGGGAAGGUGGAGGUGACGGAGUGUCCCCCAAGGAGCCUUGUGGACGCCCACGCGCUUAUCGAGGCGUAUGAGGCAAAUGAGCCAGGCGACUUUAGCGGUGACGAGGCGGCGGCGUACCCGCGGGACGAGGAGUAUUGGUAUCGCCUCUUUGUGCGUUCCUGCGAAGACGCCGCACCCAGUGAUAACGACAGUGACGGCAAAGACAAGGAUGACUUUUUGGGUGGGAGGCGUGCCACUUCAACGAGCAAGGAAGUGACGGCAGCUUCCGCAGCACCAUCACCACCAGCAGUUGCGGAAGAAGAGUCUUUCGACUCCCCACCGCAAGCAUCACCUCAAUUACGCAUAAAGAGUGGAGACGAGCCACGAGUUCGGGUAACGCUUGGCAACAAAUUCGGGCAAGCGAUCGGUACGCUCUGCAACGCUUGCGGGGAGAACGUCACGGAGUCCUUCGAGGCGCUCUGGCAGCCGGUGGGCCCGCAGUAUCUGCAACUAUUGUCAGAGACCGUGGUGAAGGACGGAUACUUGGAGAAGCUCUCCCCCGACAGCCGCCGCAUGGGUCUGAAGUGGCAGAAGCGGUACUUCCGUGUGAACGACAAGGGGAUGCACUACUAUGAGACGAACUCCCCCAGUGAAAAACCGAAGGGGUACAAGGUUUUUACAAGGAAUAGCAGGGUUCUGGGGAAUAUUGCUGCCUCCGCACACCCAAAGUGCACAGAUGACCGAUACCACUACUUUGCUGUUACUGUGGGUGAAUCAAACGACGCGUUUUACCUCCGCACCCGAAGCGAGGAAGAAAGGUGUCAAUGGGCGUCGUUUCUGCAGCUUGCCUUGCUGCGGAUGCGGUUGACAACUGUGGGCCAUGAUCAGAACCCAAGCCGCUGGCGUGCGCGGAUGGCGGGGGUGAAGGAGGCUGACAUUGCCCUCAUCGACUUGGUGCAUGUCUCCGCGACAGUGCUGCGGGAGCUGGGGCGAAAACACGAGGAGCUGCAGAAGCGUGUCAGCUCGGAGCGGGUACAGCGCGAGUUGAUGGAGAUGCAGGUGCUGGGAAUGCAGAAGCAACAGGAGUUUCUUAUACAGCAGAUUCAGGAGGCAAAGGAACAAACGCGCCUUGGCGAGCACGAGGCUGACGUCAGGUGCCGUGAGUUAGCAGAGCGGGCGGCAUCCAUCAAGCAACGGCGACUGGACAUGAAAGACAACCUUGAAGAAACGCAACGCAGCGUUGACAGCAUUACUCAGUCAGUCAUCAAGCAGCAGCGCGAAAUAGCUGACAUGGAAAGCGAGUGCGGUGCCCGUGAGGCAAAGCUCCGGCGUGUCUACAGCAAAUGGCAGCGCUGUGUGGAGCGGCAAGGAGCCGAGAAGGGCGGUAAGUACCGCAACGGUAGAAGCCAGUGA